CUCUCUCUCUCGUCUCUGUGUCUCUCCAGUCUCUGUGCCCCUCUCUGUGUCUCUCUGCCUCUCUCCAGUCUCUCUUACCUCUCUCGUCUCUGUGUCUCUCUGCCUCUCUCCACUCUCUGUGCCUCUCUCUGCCACUCUCUACCUCCCUCUCUCUCACUACCCUGGACCCUCCCAGCCUCCUCUCCCCCCAACCCCCACCCCCCUCCCCUCCUGCCCCUCCGGGACCCCCGCCCGGCCCCGCCGCCCAGAUGCAGCGCAGCCCCAGCCUGGAGCCCGUGUCCCUCAACGUCGGCGGCACCGUCUACACCACCAACGGCGAGACCCUCAGCCGCUUCCCGGACUCCAUGCUCGGGGCGAUGUUCCGGGGGCAACUGCCGAGCAGCCGGGACCAAGCGGGCAACCUGUUCAUCGACCGCGACGGCAAACCCUUCCGGCACAUCCUCAACUACCUGCGAUCGUCUCACCUGGACCUGCCAGAGGACUACAAGGAGAUGAGGCUGCUGCAGAGGGAGGCGGACUUCUACCAGAUCCAGCCCCUCCUGAAGGACCUAUGCAGUCACAGCCAGGGUCUGGGACAUGCCCUGCUUCAGUGCAACCUCCUGUCCCAUUGCCAGACCCUCCACUUCACCCUCAAGGAGGGUCCCCUGCACUACGCCCUAUCGAGUUGUCCCAUCACCACCUACCGAGCCCAGAUCUUCUGCACCUGUUCCAGCACCUUGGACCUCCUCCGCCAGGGGCUGGAGCUCAGCCCGGAGCCCGGCGAAGGGGAGGUCUCACCCGGUCACCGCCUGCGCCUGGAGUGGACCCCCAGACCCGAGGGGCUGCCCCCGGCCGAGUACGCCAAGCAGGGGUUCCGCCGCCUCCUGUCCCGUCCCGGGGGCCUGCAGCUGGCUGACGGGCAGGCACUGGUGGAGGAGGUGCUCAAGGUGGCCCUGAGCCGAGGCUUCCGCCUCGACGCCGCCUUCCCCGAGCCCUCGGACGUCCUGGGCUGCACGGCGCUGCGCUUCGUCAGGUACUGAGGUCAAAUGGGGUGGGGGGGGGUGCCCCAGGGAGAAGGAACUGAG